AUGGAUAUGCUGGACUCACCUGAGGCCCAAAGUCAGAGACUCAGAUUUUGCACUAGCAGCAAAUGGGGACACAGCAGCUGGCCUGGGAACAGCAGGGCUUGCAGCAGCUGGACUGGCAGCAGGAUGACCUACAGCCUGAGGAUGAGCAGCAGGACUUACAGCAGCUGGACUGGCAGCAGCCACAAGAGCCAUAGCCCCCCUUGGAGCCCCCACAGGAGCCACAGCCCCCCUUGGAGCCCCCACAGGAGCCACAGCCCCCAUUGGAGACCCCACAGGAGCCAUAGCUGGAGCAGGAACAGACUGGCACACAGCAGCAUAUAGGCUUGCAGCAGCAGACGGGCAUACAGUAGCUGGAGCCACAGCCCCCACAGCCAGAGCCACAGCCCCCACAGCCGGAGCCACAGCCUCCAGAGCAGCCACAGCCUCCACAGCCGGGGCCACAGCCCCCACAGCCAGAGCCACAGCCCCCACAGCCAGAGUCACAGCCCCCACAGCCAGAGCCACAGCCCCCACAGCCGGAGCCACAGCCUCCAGAGCAGCCACAGCAGCCCAUGGUUCUGGUGGGUUGAGGGUGGAGCAGGUAGAGGAGCAGGUGAGAGGGAGAUGCAGGUGUGGAGCUUCCUGAGCCUGGGCCCUUUAUAUCCCUGCCCAGGAUCAGGUGUGAUGCUGGACACAGUCUUUUCCUGGUUCCUGUUUGUGCCAUUUCCUUAG